CCUCCGAUUAUUCUAAUAUUCACAAAGAAUGAUCAGCUCAUACCCUACGGCGGCCGGAACAGCCACCAUCACCACCGUCGACUGCGAGAAACAAGUCCGUUCGUGGCGGCUCCUCCGCUCUCUCGUGGAGCUACUCAUCCCUAGUUGUUACUGUACAUUUGUUGAACCCACAGAACCCGUCCAAAGUAAAAAACCCGCCGUUUCCUCCUUCAACUACCACAGGCCAUCUUCUGCCUCAAACACAUCCAAUAUUACGGGCACCAUCUUCGGUUAUCGAAAAGGAAAAGUCAAUAUCUGUAUACAAACAAACCCUAAUUCCUCUACCCCGCUUCUUCUCCUUGAACUCGCGGUUUCUACCUCUACUCUGGCACGUGAAAUGCGAGGAGGGAUACUUAGAAUCGCGCUCGAGAGCUCCAAUGAUGAUGGAAUACAUGAAAAUUCUUCUUCCUCUCUUUUAUCUAUGCCAAUAUGGACUAUGUAUUGUAAUGGGAAAAAAGUAGGGUUUGCAGUGAAGAGAAAACCUACAAAAUCUGAUUUACAAGUGUUGAAACAAAUGGAAAGUGUUAGUGUAGGAGCUGGCACUGUUCAUGGUAAUAACAAAGAAAUUAAUCGUGAAGAAGAUAUGAUGUAUCUUAGAGGAAAAUUUGAGAGGGUUCAUGGAUCUUGUGAUUCAGAGUCAUUCCAUUUGAUUGAUCCUGAAGGAAGUAUGGGCCAACAAUUGAGUAUUUUCUUUCUUCGCUCUCGCUCGUCGUAGCCUGAGCUGAAGUAAUUUUUUUAACGAUGGUGUCUGGAUCAGCUUUUUCGCGCACCUUGAUAGUUUUUUUUAAUAUUUUUUAACCUCCUACUUUGUGAGUUUUCUUUGGACUUGCCAUGCAACACCCUAUGUUUUUGGAGCUGUGUAAUUUCUUGCAUGGCUUUUUCCCUUAUUGGGAUAUUUGUCAUGGGGUGUUUGUUGCAAACCAAAGAUGAAAAUUUGUAAAAAUAGAAUAAAUGGGAGUACAUUUUUUAGUUUA